AUGAUUUCGGCCUUCUUCAUAUUCAACCAGAAAGGAGAGGUGAGUCGCCUUCCAUUCGCCUCCUUGACAUCGGAUAUCGCAACACAGUCCUCACCCGUCCCCCUUCCCCUCUCUUCCCGCAGGCGCUCCAUUGCGGACGUAUUCCGGAUACAGGUCGUCUCCAACAGCGAUGUGCGGUCCCCCAUCAUCACUCUCGGUUCAACCAGCUUCUUUCACGUACGCGUGAACAACCUCUAUGUCGUGGCAGUCACCAAGUGCAAUGCCAAUGCUGCCCUCGUCUUCGAAUUCUGCUACCGCUUUAUUUCAAUCGCCAAGUCCUACUUUGGGAAGGUGGACGAGGAGGCGAUUAAGAACAACUUUGUGCUCAUCUACGAAUUGAUCGAUGAAAUUAACGACUUUGGAUACCCCCAGAACAGCGAGGCCGAUACGCUCAAGACCUACAUCACGACCGAAAGCGUCAUGUCAACGAAUAUCGCGCCGGAGGAGUCGUCAAGGAUCACCGUGCAAGCGACCGGUGCCACGAGUUGGCGGAGAGGGGACGUAAAGUAUAAGAAGAACGAGGCCUUUGUCGAUGUCGUCGAAACGGUCAAUCUCAGCAUGUCCGCCAAGGGCACCACUCUGCGUGCCGACGUCGACGGGCACAUCAUGAUGCGCGCAUACUUGACGGGGACGCCCGAAUGUAAAUUUGGCCUAAACGACAAGCUAGUCAUCGACAAAAAUGACAGAGGCGCAAGCGAUGCGGUCGAGCUCGACGAUUGUCGGUUCCAUCAAUGCGUGCGUCUAACAGAGUUUGAUACAGAUCGCACUAUCAGUUUCAUACCACCCGACGGAGAGUUUGAGCUCAUGCGAUACCGUUCGACAUCUAACGUGAAGCUGCCGUUGAAAGUGAUACCGUCAGUCACGGAGGUCGGAACAACGCAAGUGCAGUACGUCGUCACUGUCAAAACAAACUUUAACAACAAACUAUCCGCUACCAACGUUGUUGUGCGGAUACCAACACCGCUGAACACGACUACGGUUGACUGCAAGGUCAUCAGUGGAAAGGCGAAAUACGUCCCUGCAGAGAAUGUCGUUGUUUGGAAGUUACAGCGGAUACAGGGUGGACAAGAAGUCACCCUCUCUGCAACCGCUGCUCUGACGAGCACGACAAACCGGCAGGUCUGGGCGCGACCACCGAUUGACGUCGACUUUCAAGUACUCAUGUUCACUGCCUCGGGCCUCAUCGUGCGCUUUCUGAAAGUAUUCGAGAAGAGCGGGUAUCAGAGUAUCAAGUGGGUCAGGUACUUGACAAAGGCGAGCGGAUCGUACCAGAUUCGGACCUCGUACCCGCAUCCACUUGCGAUGACGAUAACAGAAUUAGCUACCCUUGAACUCGUCCAUCCCUACACAUGGGACACUCCCAGCAUCCGCGCCUUCUUCGCCCGCCUCGCAACGGAGCAGGCAGCAUGCUCCGGUCAUCAACUGUUCUUCUUUCGCCGUGCACAAUCGGAACGAAAGAUAUUCCUCGUAUCGGGGUGGGCGUCCCUUGAAGCCCAUCGCGAGUGGAUCGCGGGCGACAAGAAUCAAGAGUUGCUGAGGAUGGCUGACGCGCUGCUCACGGUGGCGGGGUUGGUUCACAUGGAUAUCGACUUUGGAGCCAUGCCGGGGGAUACCAAGCGCAUCGCUUGGUUUGCUGUUGGCGGAAACAAGACGGACGAGGGGGCUGGGAUCGUAUGGAAUAGGACACGGAAUGUGCCAUCCGAUGGGGUUGAGGCCCGGGCAAGGUGGGACUGGGCUGGAGAGGGCAAGUCGUUGGACGAGGGCGGGACCUUGAAUUGUUGCAUUCGGGCGUAUACUCAAGGCGACACAGAUCGCUUGACGGUUGCAGGUGUUUAA